GCGGGAACCAUUUGGUUGGUUCCCCUCCUUAAAGCCUGAAGGCAUGCCCUUUCUCUUGUUCUAAACCCCGUCUGACUGAGUUCCUCUAUUUAUCUCCCCUACAAAGAAAAUGGGUAUAAAGGGUUUAACAAAGCUUUUAGCGGACAAUGCUCCAAAAUCCAUGAAGGAGCAUAAGUUCGAGAGCUAUUUUGGCCGGAAAAUUGCAAUUGACGCCAGUAUGAGCAUCUACCAAUUUCUAAUUGUCGUGGGAAGAAGUGGGACUGAGAUGCUUACCAAUGAGGCUGGUGAAGUUACGAGUCAUUUGCAAGGCAUGUUUUCACGGACUAUCAGGCUUCUAGAAGCCGGAAUAAAGCCAGUAUAUGUUUUUGAUGGGAAGCCCCCGGAAUUGAAGAAACAAGAGCUGGCCAAACGUUUCUCGAAGAGGGCUGAUGCUGGUGACGAUUUGUCUGAAGCCAAGGAGACUGGCACUAAGGAAGACAUUGAGAAAUUCAGUAAGCGGACUGUGAAGGUGACAAAGCAACAUAAUGAAGACUGCAAAAGGCUUUUAAGACUCAUGGGAGUGCCUGUGGUUGAGGCUCCCUCGGAAGCAGAGGCACAAUGUGCUGCACUUUGCAAGUCAGGAAAGGUUUAUGCAGUAGCUUCUGAAGACAUGGAUUCAUUGACAUUUGGAGCUCCUAAAUUUCUUAGACAUUUGAUGGAUCCUAGCUCCAAGAAAAUCCCAGUCAUGGAAUUUGAAGUUGCAAAGAUUUUGGAGGAACUAAAUCUUACCAUGGACCAAUUCAUUGACUUGUGCAUUCUUUCUGGGUGUGAUUACUGUGAUAGUAUUCGAGGGAUUGGGGGACUGACUGCCUUGAAACUCAUACGCCAACAUGGAUCUAUAGAGAAUAUACUGGAGAAUAUCAGCAAAGAGAGGUACCAAAUACCAGAUGAUUGGCCAUAUAAGGAGGCUCGACAACUUUUUAAAGAACCAUUAGUCUUAACUGAAGAAGAGCAACUUGAUCUUAAGUGGACUGCUCCAGAUGAAGAUGGGUUAAUUACAUUCUUGGUAAAUGAGAAUGGUUUCAAUGCUGACAGGGUCACAAAGGCAAUAGAAAAGAUUAAAGCGGCAAAGAACAAGUCAUCGCAAGGCCGUUUGGAAUCCUUUUUUAAGCCAGCGGUGAAUCCAUCUGCACCCAUUAAACGGAAGGAAACGCCAGUGAAUACUGCUAAGGAGACGAACAAAAAGGCCAAGGGUGGUGGUGGGAAGAAGAAGAAAUAGUUGACUUCGUGACAUAAAGGGGUGAAAAAGAGCCGAUUUACCUUGUGAUCAGUUUGCACGUGGGUGACAACUUGCAAUAAUUGAGUGCAAUCAUCCGGAUGGUAAAAUAUACGUACUGCGAGCAUGUGGUACGGAGGAGUUGUGGAUUAUGACUGACCUGUCCUGAGACUUGUACUUUUGUCCUCAAUGGGAAUUUGAAAUGCGUUGGCUUUGAUUAAUCUAAUCCCUUCUUGUAUCUGCCAUUGUCUGCUUUCAUUCAUUGAGAGUUUGAAAUGCGUAACUUUUCUAAA